AUGUCCGGCGAGCGCGACACCACUGCCAUCGCGAUCUCCUCGCACACAUCAAUCCUGCGGGACUGCGCCAGCACUCGAGAUCUGACCGCCGCCAAGCAAGCGCAGUGGGAGAUUGCCAGGGAUGGAUUCGGGGGCGACAGGUACCUUGGCAAUCUUCUCGUCCAAGCCUACGGCAAAUGCCGUAGCGUCCGCGAUGCCAGAGAGGUUUUCGAUCGCAUCCAGCACCGAAUAAUCUUCUCCUGGACGAUCAUGCUCGGCGCCUACGCUGACAAUGGCCACGGCCGCGAGGCCCUAGGCCUGUUUCACGAGAUCCAGUCGCGUGGCAUGGCGAUCGACAAUGUGACGCUCGUCAGUGCUCUCAAGGCGUGUGCCGUGGCCGGGGAUCUGGAAGAGGGCCGCGGCAUUCAUGCCAAUGCGCGGUCUCUAGGGUAUGAAUCCAAGAUCAUCGUGGCCACCGUGCUGGUGAGCAUGUAUGGGAAGUGUGGGCAUUUGGAGGAGGCCAAGGAGGUGUUUGCGACGCUGGUGGAGAGGAAUUGCGUGUCCUGGAACGCGAUUUCAGACUGGUUGGAGGAUGUUCGGGUUUUAUACGGAAGUGAUCCAUUGGCAAAGACAAUCUUGCACCAUACGGAGUUGUUGAAGCAGAACCCUGGUAGCGACGGCGAAAGCUGUUAG